AUGGUGGUGGCGGUGAUGGUGGUGGUUAUAGCCAUUAUAGGAGGAGGAGGAGGAGGAAGGGCUGCAGGGGAGGAGUUGCCUUCCUGUGCCAAGUACAUGUACCCGUGCCUUGCUGCCAUUCAGAGCGGUUUGGUGGAGCCGGGGAAGUACUGCUGCGCCUCUUUUCGGAUGGCCAUCACCGUAGAGUUGGACUGCAUCUGCGGCCUCUACAACUCAUCUUCGGCCAGCUUCUUCGAGCAUGGCGGCAGCCAACCUCUCAGCCGGUCGAGGGCCCUUGAGAUACCUGCCCUCUGCGCUUCCAAUGAAUUUGCAUCAGCACCAGCAUCACCUUCAUCUCCAGGUUCACCUCCAGGCCGUAACUCAGGCACUCAGAGCAAAGUUUCAAGAUUGACCAUUGGCAAUGCUGCCACUGCAUGGAUUCUUGCCAGCAUCCUCAUCCCUUGA